AUGUGUGACCCCUCGAGACGUGGGAUGCGGUCGGUUGAACUGUCCGCAACCGGGGUGACUAGUUUUAGAGGCAGAGAGGCAGCCUGGCAGGACCGCAUCGGAAGAGGAAAUACUUACGACUUUCCAAAGAUGAAAAUGUCACGGGAACUGCCGAAAAGACACGAGAGCAUGAUGAACAGCGAGGACCCGGACAUUGAGGUUGUUGGUGGCGACGUGGGUAAAAAGCUACACUUUAACCCCGUUAGAGCGGCAGUGGCAUUACAGCUGUGCAGAAAGCUCAAGGUAGACUGUAGUAGCAAAUUCACGGAUGUCUGUGAAUUAGGAGCUCCUUGUAAGAACGUGAAGAUUUAAAGCGACGGGAAUUGCUUCUUUAGGGCAGUCAGUGUAGCCGUGAGCGGUACCGAACGCCAUCACGGAAGAAUAAGAGAAGCCGUGGUGAAUCACUUGCAAAGCAAUGAAGCUGCGUACGCCAACAUUCUGAGAAGGGGUUACCUUUCGGUGUCGGACUACGUCGACGCAUCUGAAAUCGGCUCUCUAGGAAGUUGGGCGACAGAGGUUGAGAUUCAAGCGACGGCGGAUUAUUUGGGCGUCGACGUAUUCACGUAUUACACCGACCGUUGGCUUCGGUACAGUUGCGACAGCGUUCGGGUCUCUAAACAGGGGAUUUAUUUAGCGAAUAGCGGCAGCCAUUACGAGACCGUCGUUUGUGUCACAAGUCCUCCGAAGCGGUCUUGUCGCGGCUACUGCAAACUAGGCGUAGUUGCGUCAGACACGUACGAUUGUCUGACCUCAAAUUCUGCCUACGCCGAUUCUGCAUCUCGAUCCGAGAUUGCUUCGCCGUCACCGACAUCGAUUCGUCCGGAUAACACGGUGUCUGUGAAUGACGUCGACUACUGCGAAAAGGCGAGCGAUGAGCGCGAGGAGGGGUCCCGCCGCUCUGACGAGCGUCGAGCUGCGAGGGAUUUUUACCGAGAUGCCGACAGUCCUCGGAGCCGCUACGAGUAUGACGAUUACCGCAGUGACGCCGCCGAGCUAGACGUCGGAGGACGCUUCGGCGAAGAUGAGGCCUGGGAGAAUAAUCCUGACGAAGAGCGUGACCGCUAUGGAUGGCUAUCAAGGAGACGUGUAGAAAAUUAUAUUAUCGUUGAAAAUAUGGAGCAUCGUCCCUACGGCGAUAGCCUUGUAACUCCGGGCGACGCGGAGGAUACCGCCGAAGCUGAUUUACCGCGUAACAGCGUUGCGGAUUGGCGUGAACUUUUCGACCGCUCUGAUGAGCGUCGAACUCCGAGGGACUGGGAGGGCACGAGUGACCGCGAUGCCGACUUUUACAGAGAUUCUGACAGUCCUCGAAGCCGCCGUCAGUACGACGAUUACCGCAGUGACGCUGCGGAGCUAGAAGUCGAAGGACGCUUCGGUGAAGAUGAGGCCUGGAGGAACGCUCCCGACGAAGAGUACGAUCGUCGCGGCCUGCUAUCGGAAAGACACGUAGAAGGUGACGUUGUCGAAGACGAGGAGUGUUAUCCCUACGGCGAUAGCCUUGGAACUCCAGGUGACGCGGAAGAUACCGGUGAAGCUGAUUUGCCACGUGACGGCUUUAUGGAUCGGUCCGAACUUUUAAACGAUGAGAUCUGUAUCGCGCUGUGGGAUUGCGAGGAAGAAGUUCGAUAG